AAAACAGGUAUAAGUGGCUAUCUCAGGAGCCAAUAAAGGACUUACAUCUUAUGCAACCUGAACCACUGGGAGCAGGGUGCGUAAAAAUCCUUCAGCCAGCAAGGAAGACGUUUAAACCCAGGAAGACGCCCAAGUGAGCAAGUUAGAAAACGUAAAGUCGGCAGUAGAGUUUACAGCGCGCCGCCCACAGCCAGUCACUCAGCUGGAGUCGGAUCAGCCUCCGUCGGAGUUGUUUGGAGCUCAGAGAGAUAGACCGUGCGUAAAAUCUACCAGCCAGACGCAGCAGCGGUGCCAUGACAUCCAGGACUCAGCGCGCCAAGUCCGCGGAGCAGCCUACUUACCUGCACGGAUGUAUUGCACCGCAAUGGCAAUUUUCUCCAAAACUGAGAGUGAUCUGAAGUAGAGGAUGUUGUGUUCGUCCAUCCUUGUCCAUCGGCUAAGCUACUCCGACGAACGAUGCUGAGCACAUCAGCGGUGGGAUUUUCUCCUACAGCUACCAGACUGACAGAAAUUCUUUGGACCUCAACCUCCAAUUUUUAAACAGUCCAUAAACCAUGGAGAGCCUCAGCGAACUCCAAAACCCCCUGCUGGACAAAACCAGCAGACAUGUGGUCCAGAAUGACCACCAGGGCUACCAAUGUGACUACACAAACCAACCAUACCAGGAAAGUCUAAUCGAUUACUACUACACUGGGACCAGCAGCAAGCACAAGACUCCUCAAUUCUUGGAUGCAACCUCUCUCCAUCUGGCUGUGGAGGCCUUUUACAGGCCUAACUUCAUCCUGUUCAAGGACGACGUCAGCCUUCACAGCAAGGACUCUAAAAAUGAGAGCUUUGAGACCACCUUCACGGAGUGUAAAGACGCUGUUUCAUAUGGAGUUCCCUCAGACAACACUGUGGGCAUCAGUGUGCAAGGAGAGAAGGACCUGAAGAUCCAGACAGUGUCAUACGAGGUGGAGGAGGAACAGUGUCCUGAGUAUGAGAGCGACAGCUCCAGCGAUAGCGAAAGUGAGGACAACUUCAUCGUGCUGCCCCCUCGGGACUACUUGGGCCUGGCCAUCUUCUCCAUGCUCUGCUGCUUCUGGCCACUGGGCAUCAUUGCCUUUUACUACUCUCACAAGACAGGCAAGGCCAUCGCUAAGGGAGACUUCUCCAGAGCGGGGAUGAGCUCCAGAAGAGCCCUGUUCCUGGCUGCCCUGUCCAUUACAGUUGGAGCAGGGAUGUACGUGGGGGUGGUUGUUGCCCUCAUAGCCUACCUGUCCAAGCCAGGACAUGUAUAGCACUGGAACCAACUGCCUGGGGGGAGGCGGGGGUUGAAAAAAGUAGGAGAAGACAGCAUGGGAGAAAAUGAAAAGCUGGGUGGAUCUCUGUUGCCUCCAAUAAACCUUUGUGACAAAGAACAAUACAGAGACGAUGUUAAAACCGGAGAGGAUGGAAAUACCCAAUGUGUGGAUGCAGUUUUACUUCAACCACAUAUUGAUUCAAGUUGAGUCUUUAUUUCUGGAAUGCAGCAUUUUCCCCAAAGGAACAAGUAAUAGACACUGUUGGAAAAAGAAACAGUUUGAAAACUGAACUCAGAGAAAAACUUCCCUCCUUUUUCCCCUUAGGCAUUCACAACAAGUUAAUGUGAACUUUAGAAAAGGUGUUUUAUCUGUCCAUCAGUGUCUCAGCUACCCUGUAAAUAGAUUUGUUGUUAAACAGCUUGGAAGUCAGGUUUAUGGCAUUGUUUUUUUCUUGGAAAUAAAGCAAGCACUGUUCACAUCACAUAAGAAGGAAGAAGACAAACUCAGACAGAAAGAACAAGAGGUGGGAAGAGUGGAGCAACCCAAAGCUGCAAAGCAGCAGACAUGAAGGAAAUUUGAGUCUGUUGUGUACUGUUCAUUUAGUCAAUAAAUGCAUUUGGCAUGAAUAAUGAAGCACCUUCCGUGUCGCACAGUCACUUAUUUUUACUAGAGAAGGUGCACGAUCCUAGAGAAAAAAAAACAUGACAAAUUCGAUUUUUAUAAAAGAUGAUUAUAUUAUAUUAUUUCAUUAUAUAAUAUUAACUGCAAGCAUGGUCAGAGCACUAUAUUUUUCAGCUAUAUCUAAGCAAUUCUUAAGGUUUUCUGGUGCUAGUGGACUUUGUUCACAAUAAUCAAACAGGAAAUUGAGAUGUUGUAAAGCUAAAUUUACUACAUCGAGGACCAAAAGCCUUUGCUUAUGUGGCAUUUGUUCUACCACUAAGCCAAAUGCUGCCCCAACUUCAGCAGUUUUUAAACAGUAUUAACUGCUAGGACUUUAAUUGCAGUUGCAUUUAUUAAAAGCUGAUGGCUGUUGAUGCUGACGCCAGCUAAAAGAACCUGUGAUGGUGAAUUAGUGUGAUUUAAAAAGAAAAAUCUCCAGUUAGAACGCCGCAAGUGCUCAGAUUAAUACCCUCAUCACCAGCAUGAAUUUCAGAAAUGUUGGGCUUUAAAUUAGUUAUUUAAACUUCGUUUAUUAGUUUUUGCUUGAGGAAUGUUUGUACAAUGCAACAACUUCAGUGAUUAAAAUGAUAUACACAUA